GGGCAGUGGUCUCGGUCUGAGACCUACGCUCCAUUCUCCCCAUCAGACAUUCUUUUGGCACUACGUCACCCCACUAGCGCACAGACCCGGAUCCUCUGUCAAUAUUUUACCUCUCCGCAUUGUGUGGUGGUUUCAUGAUCUCAUCUGGUUUCUACUUCCAAUCUUCUCUCUCUCUCUCUCUCUCUCUCUCUCUCUCUCUCUCCCUGAAAAUGGCGGCUGAAUCCUGUAUGGCGAAUUCUCGAUACACAUACCUACACGACGAUCAUACGAAGGGCCCUCUUGAAGCCAUUGACGCACACAACGUCCUCCUCCACAACAACACGAAUUCAAAGCUUCUCCUCGCAUUCCUCUCUGCCCUUCUUCUCACUGCAACUGCGUUUUCCCUCUCUUCGCUCAAGGUUACAUUGUUAUGGGACGGUAGUCAUAUCCGUUGUUACUGACAUAGGGGUAUGAUCCAACAAACAGCAGGGUGAAUCAAGUAACAUGCUUCUUUGGAGCUUACUUCUAAGUGCAACCCUUGUCGUUGUUUUUCUUCGGAAGCCAGUGGAGAAAGAGUCCGUCAUAAUUAUGCCAGCUUUUGGGGUCCAACUUGAAACUCAUUACCGAAGAGGGAGAACAAUCCACCGCUUCAUUCCCAUUGACAAGAUCUUGAAACCUGUCCUAAGUGAAUGUGUGACCCCAGUCACUUGUUACUGGAGCUUGUCUCUGAUUGUGCGUGAGGAAGAAGAACUUGUGUUAGUUUUCAAGGAACUACGACCACCAGUCAAAAUGUUAAUCCCAAUCUGGAAGGCUUUGUGCGCCGCUACGGACAGCCCAGAGACUCUUGACCAACCGGGUUGAGCCAUUCUGGAUACCUGAUACUGUUGUACAUGGUUAAACUGUUCCAAAAUUUCGUUGUAUGUAGGUAGGAUAGAGGGAAAAUCAAGAAAAUGAUUUUGCUGAUGUAUUCCUAAUUGAAUGCUUUACAAGAUCAUUGGCGAGGAACUGUAAAUUCACUCAUUUAGGAGAUCAGCUCUUCUUUCAUUCUAUCA